AUGCCAACUCAUGUCGACAAAAUUCCUGUUGCCUCUGUAUCAAGGAUCGAUUUUGCUUCAGCAAGAGCAAAAAAGCAACGAUUGGAUGAUGCCAUCUCCUGCUCUACAAUUGAACCCAAAAAGAAGCCUGCCAAACCAUGUCCAACUGUGGCUAAAGGUUCUGAGACGUACAAGAGAUUCUUUGAGGAACUUAGCCAGAACUGCCCAAAAAGUGCUGCACUCAUUACAAAUGAGGCCUUCUAUAAAAAAUUCAUCCCCAAGUCUGCCACUCCCACGCUCCCAAAGUCAAUCAUGGACUGUCGUACUGAGGAUACAGUCUCAUUAUCCGAUGGUGACAUGGACGAGUUGUGCAAGACAUUCGCCUUGCCAGCACUUACAGCCUCGCACAUAAGUGCAGUUGAGAGGGAGACUCGAAAACAGGCAAGCUCAAGGAUUUGGUUCCGUCAAAGGGCCGGUCGCAUCACUGCGUCCAAACUGAAGCAAGCUCUCCACACUACAGUUGAUAAACCAGCCAAGAGUCUUAUCAAGGCUAUAUGUUAUCCAGAGGCAAACAGAUUCUCAUCAUUAGCUACCAGGUAUGGGUGCCAGCAUGAAGCACAGGCAAGACAGGAGAUGAGAACCAUGUGGCACUAUAGAUGCUACGACACUAAGGAAGGAAGAGAGACGAGAACCAUGUGGCACUAUAGAUGCCACGACACUAAGGAAGGAAGGGAGACGAGAACCAUGUGGCACUAUAGAUGCCACCACACUAAGGAAGGAAGAGAGACGAGAACCAUGUGGCACUAUAGAUGCUACGACACUAAGGAAGAGAGACGAGAACCAUGUGGCACUAUAGAUGCCACCACACUAAGGAAGGAAGGGAGACGAGAACCAUGUGGCACUAUAGAUGCCACAACACUAAGGAAGGAAGAGAGACGAGAACCAUGUGGCACUAUAGAUGCUACGACACUAAGGAAGAGAGACGAGAACCAUGUGGCACUAUAG